UUGAUAAGUGGGGAAUCUGAACAAUUAGAAAAUCAAGAAAUUAAGAAUUUGACAAAUAUAUGAAUAUAAAACCUCCCUUAUAAUUUCCACAAUACACCCCCACGUAUACAAGCAUCAAUACAAAAAACAUAUAUUCCUAAAUUUUCUAACAAACUUAUAAACCUCCCAUUUCUUUUUCAGUCUGCAACUUUCUUCCACAUCAAUUUCGCUAAAAUUUACAUAACGUAUCUUCCACAAGUGAAUGCCUCACUGUGUGAUAAUUACGUGAUGUUCGUGACGUACAACUAAUUAUCGUACCGCAUGGUUGCGCAUAUACAGCAUAUGGCCAUUUCAUACCGAUAUACUCGUAAUUUCCGUUAUACUAUCGCCAGUAACAUAAGCGUAACCGGUAAAAGAUACCGCUGCUUCAUAUUUCCAGUCGCAGCAAAAUACCAACGGUUAACGUAUUCGGAAACAAACGCUAACGCAGAUAACGUAUCCGUGCUUACGUCAAUAUUUAUUUCUACGUACACUUCUGUUACGAAAAUCGAAUGAUUCUCUGCAGGAAUGAUCGAUACAGCGGAUGCAAUGCAUCUCUUAUCUCUUCAUUUCGUUUCUAUCUCGUCGCUGCGCAAAUAACGUGGAUAUUACGUUUUACGUAACAAAAAUCGAAGAAUACAGUAACCGCGAUGUGACUAGUUCGAUUUUUGCAGACGCACGGUUCAAGGAAAAAUAUACGAUUCCAUUUCUACACGUUUGAUUGAAGCCCGAUGCUAGAAACAAAUCAAAGAAGAAAAACAGAGGACGACCGUUUUUUAUUUCUUCGAUCGAAAAUGUCAAAUCGCGAAACACGUUGAUCCGUUCAUUGGACCCUUUUUCUCGCGUUGAAAUGAACGAUAAAUCCCGUAAUAUCCAUACACCAUGCGGCCGUUACGCGUACGACAAUUUAUCAAAAGAUAAAUUUCUUAAAGAUUACUACAAAAUAGUGAAGCCAUAUUUAAACGAUGAUUUCUCGUCGAAAGUUUCGUUGGUGUCCAGCGUGGACGAAUUAAAGUCGAAAGCCGAAAAAGAAUUUAAUAAUUAUUACGGAAGCUAUCCAACCUGUGCAGUGUUCGCGCCCGGAAGUCUAACGGUGGCCGGGAAAAAUACAAAUCUCGUGGAGAGCAAAUCAUUGUCCAUGGCGGUACAACUUGUCACUUUGAUAGUCGGCACACGAAGCCACGGCAACAAAUGGUGUAACGUUAAAACAUUGUCGGACGAAAUUGCGGGCUGCAGAGUAUCCGACAUUCGUUUGAACGACGAGUCGCUAGACUUAUCCGCGGAAAUAACUCCGUGGUUGCGAUAUGUAAAGGGAACGAUACUAAGUUUCAAGGCCAGACGAGAAAGUAUAUUUUAGGAGAUAUACAUAUGCAACAAUAUGUAUAGUGAGGCAACUAAGAGACGUACGUAAAU